GUCAGUUUACAUUUGAUUGAAGUAGUUCUGCAAGGUUUAAUACAGUUUCGUUAUGAAAAAAUAAAAUUUUAAUAUUCAACAAUGAGUUUCAUCAAAGAUUUUCGUCAGUUACUAAAGCCAUAUUACUGGAUUAAUAUACUCUUGAGCAUUUCGUACGUUACCUGCAAGCGUACAGCUGUAAUAUGCAAUUUUUUGUUCCCGAACACCGAUUGUGAAUUGGACAGUCGUGAAACGGAAAUAUUGUUUUUCCUGAUUAUCGUCGUGAUGUUGAGGACGAGAAAGGCGGGAAGUGUGACGAUGGUCAAUUAUCUGUCGGCCUCAUUCGUUUACACAAAGAUUGCCAACCUGAUCCUUUGGUUUUAUGCAGAUAUAAGAUACGGCCUCCCGUACGGGGCUCUGGUCAUCUUGUGUGCGCUCACACUCCCCGAGCCGACGUACAUCGGCCCUGAACACGUGACCUACUUCCGAGGACUGCAAACACUUGACGAGGAACUGAAACACCACAAGGGCACGACGUGGCUCGUCUGUUUGUACGCGGCGUGGCACCCUGCUUGUGUAAACUUUGCUCCGGUUUUCGCUGAGCUUUCCGCGAGUUACAGCUUGGACAACUUCAAGUUUGGGAAGCUCGAUGUUGGGAGGUAUCCAGAUGUCGCAGCCAAGUUCAGGAUUCAGGACGGCCCCACGAGCCGCCAGCUGCCCACGCUGUUGCUCUUCACGGAGGGACAGGAGGAGAUGAGGCGACCCCAGCCGGACAAUACUGGGAAGCUGCAAAAGUUCCUCUUCUCAAAGGACAACGUAAAAGCCGCUUUUGACAUUGACGGCAUAUACCAGAAGUGUAAGGAGAAGCUGGCUACGUCCAAAAACAAGAAGACAGAUUAAACACCCUCCUUUUUGUGUGUGAGUCUCUCUCUCUCUCUCUCAUCUUCACGUGUCCACAGUUGCAGUCUCCGCCACAAUGCUUGGGGGCCCGGGAUCCGCUUUAUUUAUUUAAAACUUUAUUGCAUAACAAAAAUAUGUACCUACAAAAGGCGGACCUAAUGGCAUUAUCUACCAGUCAACCAGCUGACCGAACAGAUAAACUUUAAGUUGGUGAAAAAUACAUACUUACAUUAAAAAUAUACAUACAUACUUAAAAUAUCAGAUUCGCUUUCCUACUUUUCUUUUUCCACCCAUGAAAAUAUGUAAUAGUAAUGAUAGAUUUUGUUAAAAUGAGAACCGACUCCGAUCGAUAUCCUUCGUUUUUGAAAUCGGUUAAAUUAAUAAAACCAUCUCCUAAGUGUAACAUCGCCCAAGUGUAACAAACACAAACCCGAACACCGCAUCAAAAUCGGUUCAACGGAGCGCGAGAUAAUCGCCGACAAUCAUACAUACAGGUCUAACUGAGAACCACUAGUUAUUUGACUUUAAUUACUUCUAAAAUAAACUUAGAUACUUGCAUUAAGGCGAUAUAAAGCAUCUAAAGUACAUGAUAUAUAGUCAUGUCUUUAUUCCUUACGGGGUAGACAGAGCCAAAAGUCUUGAAAAACUAAAACGUUCACCUAGAAUAUUUUUCUUUAUUGAUGAUCUGAAUUAUGUAUUUUUUAGAUUAGGAUUAUGAUAAAUUGUUGCCAUAUUUUUUGUUUAUAUUUGAUUGAAAAACGAAAACGCUUUUAAUUAAUCCUCUUCCUCCUGGUUAUAUCCUCAACUCUUAGGAGGAGCACGGGUGCGCCGUUUUGACCAUGAACCAGGAUUGGUUGUGUCGGGUUUAUACACGAAGCGAUUCCCUCAUAUGACCUCAGCAACUUUUUCAAGGGAACCUAACCAGUAUUGGAUCAUGGUCACUCAUUCAGUUGCCUGAAUGUGCAGGUUUCCUCACGAUGUUUUGCCCUCACCGUAAGAGCGUCAGUUACCACUCAAACUAAUAUACAUAACUCAUAAAAUGUCAUUGGUACACAAAUGGACGAGGUGGGAUUUGAAGCUGUGCCUAUAUAAGUAUGUAUGUGUAUUAAGUAGAAUAGAUUUAUUUUCAAAAUUGGAUACAAGGUAUCACUUAUUGACGUCACAACACUUAAAUCUAAUUAUAUCUACUACCGGUUCCAAAGCGCAUGUGUAGAAGAAGCGGCAGAACAAACAACACUGCAGCAUUUUCACCGGAUGCCAAUUUACAAAUAUAGAUCUCUUAAAUCUAAAUCGUCACAUUGUCUACUUACAUUAAAAAAAUGUGAAUGAGUGUAAAACUAAUGAUUUCAAUGUGAAUAUUAUAGCAAAUAGUUAUUGAUAAUAUAAUACUUUACAAAUUAUGUCAAUACCAUACCUUAUCGACCAUCUACGCUUCUUAACCUUGAAAAGUUACUGACGCUACGGUAAGAGACAUUCAGACAACUGGAUAUGAAACCCUGAUCCAAUAUAAGCCAAGUUCCCCUGAAAAAGUUACGGAGGUCAGAAGGAAGUCGUUUCGUGUAAAAACUUGACUUACUCAUCAACGAUCCAUCCUGGUCACAGGAUUAGGCUGCAUGUAUCAGAAAUAACAGCGGUAACUAAACGAUACCAAAGAGUUGUAUGUUUAUUUAAUUAGGAUUUUAACGUGAAAUUUGAAUUAACGACAUGAUGUAUUUAAUCUUGGUAACUUGGUAGUAGUUACCUAUAUCGUAGGUAUUAAGAAAAUGCGCAAUAAACAGCACUUUAUUUUGUGUCCAACAUUAUUUGUAUUUUAAUUAUUUAUUAUGCGAAUAAA